AAAAGUGCUUAAGGCUUUAAACAUUUAAUCAUUGCCCAUACGCCACGUUGCACAGGAGAUGCCAGAGCCCGAGGCUUUCGUCGGAUUAAGAGAUAUACUUAUUUCUGUCUGCCCCGCUGCGUUUCACUCACUGAAUGUGUCUCGUUCAUGUCUCUGGUCGCUGCUCGCUGGUCUCUGGUAUUAAAUAUAAACUAUUUGAAUAAUUCAGCGAAAGCCUUCUGGCGGUGGCCUUCGAGCUCAAUCUGCCGCCGAGAGGAGGUCUGGUGUUAAGCGAACGCUGCUCGACGGUAAUGAGCGAACAGCGACGCACUUUCGUUAAGCAGCUCAUCAAGUCGGCCCAAGUGGUGCUAGUGGCGUUGCUAUUCUACAAUUUGUGGCGUCACAAAUGGACCAAAGUGAAAAUCAAUCAGCAUCGCUUUUGACUGAUUUCUCCAGCUCCAGUUCCAGAUCCAGUGUCUGGCUGUGUGGCUGGGUGGAUGGCUGCUUGUUUGCUGAUUGAUUGAUUGAUUAAUUAAUUAAUAAAACGAACAUCAGAUUAAAUGUCAUUAACAGUUGGCGGCCAGGACGGCUUCGGUUGAAUGUGGCCGCUGGGAUUUGGAAAUUUAAUUUCCUCCACCAGUAGAUCUGUCAAGUGGAAACGUCGAGGGGCGCUGAUGGAUGGCCUUUGUCAAGGGUUUUCCCGUUUCAAGGCAAGGAAUGCGGGGUUUCCCUUUGAUUUUGUAAUGGCAUUGUUGGACUUUUGUUAUUAAUAAAUGUGUAAGGAGAUAAAUGCAUUAAAAGAUUUCAAAUAAAUAAUCGGAGUUCUCUUGCAGUCUCUCUCCGUA